GAGGAGGAGUCUCAGACAGACAGUCAGCAGCAGAGCCAGUCGUCUGACAGUUCUAACAGUAAGACUCAACCCAAGCGACUACAUGUCUCCAACAUACCCUUCCGGUUCAGGGAUCCAGACCUCAGGCAAAUGUUUGGCCAAUUUGGUAAAAUCUUAGACGUUGAAAUCAUUUUUAACGAGCGGGGCUCUAAGGGUUUUGGGUUCGUAACUUUCGAGCACAGUGCGGACGCUGACAGGGCGCGAGAAAAAUUACACGGCACGGUCGUAGAAGGCCGUAAAAUAGAGGUCAACAAUGCAACAGCACGGGUAAUGACCAAUAAGAAGACGGUCAAUCCUUAUGCAAAUGGGUGGAAGUUGAACCCAGUAGUCGGUGCAGUCUACAGUCCAGAGUUCUAUGCAGUACCGGGCUUCCCCUACACAGCAGCCAGUGCAGCGGUGGCGGCUUACAGAGGGGCCCAUCUAAGAGGUCGAGGGCGGACGGUCUACAACACAUUCAGAGCAGCCGCACCCCCACCUCACAUCCCCACAUACGGAGGUGUUGUGUACCAGGAUGGAUUUUAUGGUGCAGAUAUUUAUGGGGGCUAUGCUGCCUACAGGUAUGCCCAGCCUGCUGCUGCCGCAGCUGCUGCAUACGGUGACAGUUACGGACCAGUAUAUGCUGCGGACCCCUACAACCACCCACUUGCUCCAGCAGCCACAUACAGCAUUGGUGCCAUGAAUGCGUUUGCCCCGUUGGCUGAUGCCAAGACGAGGAGUCAUGCUGACGACGUGGGGCUGGUGUUGUCCUCCCUGCAGGCUAGUAUAUACAGGGGAGGUUACAGCCGCUUCGCCCCAUACUAA